UUAUUAAAAAGGUUAACUACUGUUGUUGAAUCUAUGAAUAUCGAGACUGAGCUGUUUAGUGGUGCUACGAAUACGAUGGUAACAAUUGCAGAUUUUGGCUUAUUGGCGAUGCUAAGUAACAUGCUGGUUGAUAUUGGACUAGGAAAAGUUUUCGUACAUGUUUGG